AUGAAUCAUUUUUUUUCUUUUAGUCUUGUGGCUGUAAGAGAAAAGAGUACAGCAGUAGAAAAGAAACGGACAGUUUCACCAUUUCAGGCACCUAUUGAUAAAGUGGAUUAUGCUGUCGCCCGUAUAGAUGAUUUGUUGAACUGGGGAAGAAAGAGUUCAAUAUGGCCAAUGACAUUUGGUUUAGCUUGUUGUGCUGUAGAGAUGAUGCAUAUUGCUGCUCCCCGAUAUGAUAUGGAUAGAUUUGGUAUUGUAUUUCGAGCUAGUCCACGUCAAGCUGAUGUUAUUAUUGUAGCUGGAACUUUAACAAACAAAAUGGCACCUGCUCUCAGAAAAAUUUAUGAUCAGAUGCCUGAACCAAGAUGGGUGAUAUCAAUGGGUAGUUGUGCUAAUGGUGGUGGUUAUUACCAUUAUUCAUAUUCAGUUGUUCGAGGGUGUGAUAGAGUUAUACCGGUUGAUAUAUAUGUACCUGGAUGUCCACCUACAGCUGAAGCUCUGUUAUAUGGUUUAUUACAAUUACAGAGAAAAAUAAUGAGAAUGUCAGUAUUACAGAGUUGGUACAGGAAAUAG